GGGCUCAGCACGUGUCAGAUGACACUUUUCAGUCAUUUCCCCUCUGCUUCCCUAAAAAAAACAACCACCCCACAACCCUCUGGUGCUGCCCUCACAACCUCCUUCCUCCUCCUCCUCCUCUCUCCAGGGCAAACCUGGUGGACCUUCAGAAGAAGCUGGAGGAGCUGGAGCUGGAUGAGCAACAGAAGAAACGCCUGGAAGCUUUUCUGACCCAGAAAGCCAAAGUUGGGGAGCUGAAGGAUGAUGAUUUUGAGAGGAUCUCUGAGCUGGGGGCUGGCAAUGGUGGCGUGGUCACCAAAGUGCAGCACAAACCCUCGGGGCUCAUCAUGGCCCGGAAGCUGAUUCAUUUGGAAAUCAAACCAGCCAUCAGGAACCAGAUCAUCCGAGAGCUGCAGGUGCUGCAUGAGUGUAAUUCCCCAUAUAUUGUGGGAUUCUAUGGAGCUUUCUACAGUGAUGGAGAGAUCUCCAUCUGCAUGGAGCACAUGGAUGGUGGCUCUUUGGAUCAAGUGUUGAAAGAAGCCAAAAGAAUUCCUGAGGAGAUCUUGGGGAAAGUCAGUAUAGCGGUUCUGAGAGGCUUGGCCUACCUGAGAGAGAAGCACCAAAUCAUGCACAGAGACGUGAAACCCUCCAACAUCCUGGUGAACUCCCGAGGGGAGAUCAAGCUGUGUGACUUUGGGGUCAGUGGGCAACUCAUUGACUCCAUGGCAAACUCUUUUGUGGGAACUCGCUCCUACAUGUCUCCCGAGCGCCUGCAGGGCACCCACUACUCGGUGCAGUCUGACAUCUGGAGCAUGGGGCUGUCCCUGGUGGAGCUCUCCAUCGGGAGGUACCCCAUCCCUCCCCCAGACUCCAAGGAACUGGAAGCAAUAUUUGGCCAUCCCGUGGUGGAUGGGGCAGAGGGGGAGCCCCACAGCAUCUCACCCCGUGCCCGGCCCCCCGGCCGCCCCGGCAGUGGCCACGGGAUGGACAGUCGACCAGCCAUGGCCAUCUUUGAGCUGCUGGAUUAUAUAGUUAAUGAGCCACCUCCCAAGCUGCCCAACGGAGUUUUCACCCAAGAUUUCCAGGAGUUUGUAAAUAAAUGCUUAAUUAAGAACCCAGCAGAGCGGGCAGAUCUGAAGAUGCUGAUGGAAUUUUCUCACCUGGGGAAUCUUCUCACCUGA